AUGUUAUUCGUCAACGUGUUUUCGACCAUCGUACUGGCAGGCUCAGUUGCGGCCAUCCCCUUUCGCGUCCUACCUCCUCAAAGUAAGCGAGAUGUCAACCCUGCCCUAGUCCCUUCCUUCGGCUGGCCAUCCGGUGUUAAUCCAGAUGGCACUGGGAACUGUGACGGUGCUGUGAAUGGCACUAACGGAAAGCCUAUCCUGGUGCCUUGCCAAUGCCCGCCAAAUUCGACGUUCUUCCUUGCUUCUCUUAAUAAAAACGUGGCAGCGGGUUUUGUGACAACAAACCCCACCGUAAAGCUCUCUUUCCCAACAGACAACAGCACGGCAUCUCAGAAUGCUCGUUUAAAUGCAGCAGCGGUUACUCUGCAAAACCUUGAAGGUCCUGGUGUUGGUUGCCCCAUUUCUUCUACCACUUUUUCUGCCCAGCAGAAAGCAAUCAAUGCAGAGACAUCUACCACCGGGUCUUCAGGUGCUAUACCCUCAAUGUCUACGAUCGCUUCAUCUGCCCCCAUAUCGUCAAGCGCUGUUUCCGCGAUGUCUACAGCUACGCCAACCACACCCGCGGGUUGUGCUGUCCCAACGAGCACUGCUUCAACCAGUUCCGUAUCGCCCACUGCUUCAACCAACAGUUCCGUAUCGCCCACUGACGCGCAGAUUGCCACUCUGGCUCCACCGCUUGGGUGGCAAUCGGGAAUCAACCCAGAUGGCACUGGCAAUUGCGAUGGUUCCGUCAAUGGUACAAACGGGAAGCCAAUACUCAUCCCAUGCCAAUGUCCCCCUGAUCAGACACAUUAUAUUGCGAACCUGACAGCGAAUAUUCGUGCGGGCCAUGUCAUCCUGAAUCCCACGGUACUCCUCACAUUCCCAACCGACAACAGUACAGCUGCGCAAAAUGCGCGUCUGAAUGCUGCUGCUGUUACGAUACAAAACUUGAAUGGUGCUGGGAAGGGGUGUCCGAUUGUGUCCACCUCGUUCAGUGCACAACAGAAGGCGAUUAACGCCGAGAGUACUUCUUAA